UGUGUCAUUUCUAGAGGUGCGAGACAAACUUACCUGCCUAAGGCCAAAACUAGUUGAAAGGCCAAAGCCACCGCCUAUUUCUGCCGGCAACGUUCAGUACCGCAUCCAGAACAUGACAAUGCCGCCCUAUCCUGCGACCAUUUUUCGCGAUUGCUUUCAUCUAACAGAUUAACUGAAUUGGCCGGUCUCACGGGCGUUAAAAGGAUACGAUAGAUACGUAUAAAACCAUAACGACGCACCGCCAUACCUCACAGAAGACCAAUCCCACACCUCCCUCAUCGCCAAAAUGUCCUCCGGAUUCGUAUCAGCCGGAACAGACCAAGAGCCCAUAGAGCGCGACGAUGAAUGGCUCCGCGCCCAACAGGAGCUGGAGGAAGAGCGGCGGCGCAAGGCAGAACUAGGCAAGCAAGCCGAGGGCAAAAGUCUGUAUGAAGUGCUGCAGCAGAACAAAAUGGCCAAACAGGAAGCCUUUGAGGAGAAAAUUAAAUUGAAGAAUCAGUUCCGUUCGCUGGACGAAGAUGAGGUCGAGUUCCUGGACUCCAUUAUGGAGUCGACGCGCGCGCAGGAGGCCGCUGUGAAGAAGGAGACUGCUGAACAGCUGGAGGCUUUCCGUAGACACCGGGAGGAGGCGGAGAAGGUUGCCCUUGAGGAGGGGACUGCGGAUGUUACUCCUGCCGCUGAGGGAGAGGAUUGGAAGAUCCCUGCGCGUAAGAGGAGGAGGGACAAGAAGGAUCUUUUGCUUCCUGGGAAGAAGCGCAAGUCUACCGCCGAAGGUGCGGAAGAGACUCCGUCGACUGGAGAGCAGAAGGUGGAUCCAAAGGACAAGGGUUCUGGAAAAGAUGAUAAGCAGUCUGUUCCAGUUCCGGCUGAAGCCGCUAAAGUUCACAAGUCACAGCCACCUGCGAACACGGCGACUUCUGCUAGUCCCGUACAGGCCGGGGGCGUGAAGGUGACAGCGCCUGAACAGACCGAGAAGCAAGCGGCCAAGCCAGCUCCGGUAUCUCUUGGCUUGGCCGGCUACAGUUCCGACUCGGAGUAAUUGUAAUUGCAAUUUCGCUGGGACCACGUAUCACACCCAUUGACCUUUUGGCGCAUCCUUCGGUAACGCUUACAAUACGUGAUUCAUCUUGCGAUACCAAUGGAUCAUUGAGCUUGAACAUGCCUG